GCCAGGCCAUGGCUCCACCGGGCCCUACUACCCAGCCACGGUGCUCCGUCCUGUAUUUAAGGACAAGGCCCACAUGUUGGUCCAGCACCAAACCCUAACCACCCCCAACGCCGACGGCUCAAAAACCCUAACCGAGAUUGUCGAAUUGCGCAAUGCCAGGCCUACGCCCCCCAAAGAGCUCUACCAGUUCUUCAAAGUCGGUGACGACGUCGACGCCUUCAGAGAUAAAGGGUGGUCUCGCGGGACUGUCAGGGAUAUUUUGGAGAAUUCCAAGUACUUGGUUGCGUUCCAGGGUCAAGAAUUUCAGUGUCAGCAGUUUAAUUUGAGGCUGCAUAGAGAGUGGGAAGAUGACUCGUGGGUCCCUCAUUUUCAACAAGAGAAAACGUCACCGGUGAAGUCCAGAAAGUUGGUAUUGAAACUCAAGUGCAGCAAGAGAACAUCGGGGGCAAGCUUCGAAAAUGGGACUGUGGUGGAGGUUAGCAGUGAUGAUGAAGGUUACAAGGGUGCUUGGUACACUGCUAAAAUAAUUGACCAUAUAGGAAGCGACAAGUUUCUGGUGGAAUACGAGCAUCUGGUAACCGAUGAUGGAACAGAGCUCUUAAGAGAAGAAACAUAUGCAAGUUAUAUUAGACCUUGCCCCCCUCGGCUUCCACCAGUUGCUCAGUUCAAGGUGCUCCAGAAAGUCGAUACUUUGUACAAUGAUGGAUGGUGGGAGGGUACCAUUUCCAAAGUUCUAAGCGGCUCAAAGUAUGUUGUCUACUUCAGCUCCACGGGUGAGGAAUUAGAGUUUAAACAUUCCAAUUUGAGGCCUCAUCAGGACUGGAUUAAUGGACGAUGGAUCCAUGGUUACAUGGUCAAUAAAUAUGGAUAUGAUCACAAAGAGUUUGUUGACAAAAGGAAAUAGAUAAAUAAGCAAAGGAGGCAUCUCGACUAUGCACUAUGUUGCUUUUUCCA